CGUUGCAUUGAAGACGAAACCUCGAGGAGGUCAGGCGCUGUCUUUCCUUCCCUCCCUGCUCGGCGGCUCCUCCACACUUGGAACCUGCACGGACCGGGCGAACACCACCUUCUGGAGAAGCCAAGGUUCCGUGGCCAAACCCAUCACUGACGCCCCAGCCCAGGCACCCCGCCAACCCCCACCCCUACCAUGGCUGAAGACGCGGACAUGCGCAAUGAGCUGGAGGAGAUGCAGCGAAGGGCUGACCAGCUGGCUGAUGAGUCGCUGGAAAGCACCCGUCGUAUGCUACAACUGGUUGAAGAGAGUAAAGAUGCUGGUAUCAGGACUUUGGUUAUGUUGGAUGAACAAGGAGAACAACUCGAUCGUGUCGAAGAAGGCAUGAACCAUAUCAACCAAGACAUGAAGGAGGCUGAGAAAAAUUUAAAAGAUUUAGGGAAAUGCUGUGGCCUUUUCAUAUGUCCUUGUAACAAGCUUAAAUCAAGCGACGCUUACAAAAAAGCCUGGGGCAAUAAUCAGGAUGGAGUUGUGGCCAGCCAGCCUGCUCGUGUGGUGGACGAACGGGAGCAGAUGGCCAUCAGUGGUGGCUUCAUCCGCAGGGUAACAAAUGAUGCCCGAGAAAAUGAAAUGGAUGAAAACCUGGAGCAGGUGAGCGGCAUCAUUGGAAACCUCCGUCACAUGGCCCUGGAUAUGGGCAAUGAGAUCGAUACACAGAACCGCCAGAUCGACAGGAUCAUGGAGAAGGCUGAUUCCAACAAAACCAGAAUUGAUGAGGCCAACCAACGUGCAACAAAGAUGCUGGGGAGUGGUUAAAUGUGCCCACUUGUGUCCUCUUCCAAAUGCUGUCGGGCAAGAUGGCACCUUCAUGCUUUUCUCAUGUUAUUACCUAGUAGGUCUGCACACAUGCACACAUCAAUCCACCCCCAUUGUGAAUGUUGUCUUGUGUCAUCCAUCAGCCCACAAUACUAUGUGUCUUUUGUUCUUUCUGGGUCUCUUUCGUUCCAAAGGCUGUAUAUAGUGGUCAUUUGGUGGCUCUAACUCCCUACGUAAGAUGUCUUGGGUUCCAUUUUUUCCUUUUCUCUCCUCAGUGGCAUUUGCUGAAUGACAACAAUUUAGGA